AUGGUCAAGUGGCAGAGCGACAGGAAUCGCGGCAAGAGAGCAGCGCGCCGGCCCAUCACCGCCUGCCAGACCUGCCGUGCCUCAAAGGUCAAGUGCGACGGGAGACAGCGCUGCAGCCACUGCACGUUACGGGGCGUCGCCUGCAUCUACGCCUAUCCAAGGAGUAGUACAUCGACCAGGCCGAGCAGUGAUGUUCGAAGAGGUGGCCAUGCUGCCUGCAACGAAGACACGACUAUGGGGGAUGAGUUUUUGGGUGAAUGGUCGCCGCUGCCGCCGACUUCAACCACGGUGACUGCGGUGGCAGAGAUGCACAGAGUGAUGGGCCCGUCCAGCGACGACAGCCUUGCUCUUCUUAUCCGGAACGCUUGUAUAGACAACGGACAGGCAGGGACAGCACAUCAUGACGCUGACAACGCUGGUGUCUUCUCUUCUGAAAUGUGCACUGGUUUGGCUGCUGUGGAAGCAGGCGCCGUCUACGAUGCGCGAGGAUACGAGCUGAUGACACUGCCCCCUCAACUCUCCGACUCCAUCGGCUCAACUGCCCCGGUGGUCAAUCCCGAGUACCACGACAUGAACAAUAGCGCCUACCUACAAAAUGUAAUCAUCGACUCCGAGAGGACGCUGUUCAACUCGAUGGCCAUUGCGGACCAAUACGCGAGCCCCGGCCAAUGA